AUUUAUAUUCCAAAAACCCUUUCUCCCUCUCCUCACCCUUUUCUUUCCGACGCCUCCAACUGUAUAUCACCGCCGCCCCCUGCCGUGAGAUAUUUACUAAAAUUAUCAGCCCAAAGCCCAUUUGACACCUACAAAUAAAAACCUAAAAAAAAGCUCUCUUCUUCAUUCUUCUUCUUCGCGUAGCAAACAACAUCUUCCUUCUCCAUCAAUCAGGUGUUUUCAACUGCAAAAUUGGGUUUUUGGGCACUUGGAGAUGCCCUCAGGAAGUUUAUGCUUUAUGCUUAUAUAUGGAUGAUGCUGUUGACACAAGUUACCGUCCAGGUCCAGAUUUUGUGGACGAUGACAGGGAACCUUUGAUUAAUCUCGACUCCUCGGACUCGACUGAGCUAUGGCUCAUUCAGUUGCCUCUUGAUCAGAAUCUGGAAUUCGAUGGGCAACAAGUGUCCCUUAAACUUCAGGGUGAUGGAAGUAUAGGCUCCUUCGAGAGUUCAUCUGGAAAAUCAUAUGAAAUGUAUAGCACGAAAUCCCAAGGUCCAAAGGAAACAGUCUUUCUGUCUUCAGGAUCAGAGGCGAAAAUUGCUGGGAAGAUCUCCAGGCACGUUUCACUGAUUCACUACCCCGACCCUAGUGAAGUGCAAAAACGCAGUAUGUUGAACAUUAGUCUGUCUCAGCGGUCUUCCAUGACUACCUCAUCUUUGUCUGGUCGUCGUUUGGCCACUCCUAGUCGGAGUACGAAGACUAGAAACUCUCUAGGAAUGAGCGGCUAUUCAACUCCAAGUAGCAGAACCAAGAGUACAGUUACUGGAUCAGGGGAGCCUCCAAAGUCUUCAAAGAGAAAACGUGUGGAUUCAGCUCAAGAUUCAGGAAAAAACAACAGCGCUGUUACCUCUAUUGAUUCUGUGCAGCACUCUCAGGAAACAAAGUCGAAAAAGAAAAGAAAAACUGAAAGGUGAACUGCAAGAUACUGAUCAGUGCAUUUGAUUCGAAAUGAGAGCAUUCUCGAAUAAGGACUUUAGAGUGGCCAGAUUUGUGUGGUUGUUCGAAUUUAAAUUCUGUAUUCCUUUCAUCAGUUGGUAUUUGUAUCCCCUUAUGAACUUAAUGAAUUAUGUAGAAAAUUUGAGAGUUCAAUUAGUAUUACUGGAUUCGUUUAUUACUUAA